AUGGAGAAAAUAAAUUAUGAGGGCGAACUAACGAGUAACAACAGAAUUGAUGGUAAAGAGGAAGAGAGUGCCCAAGGGAAUGAGAUUGGGGAAAUAAUGAUGGGGAGCCAGAAAUUGGUAGAUGAAUUGAAUCAAUACUUUGCAUUAAUCUUCAUGGAAGAAGACACUGUUGGCAUUCCAGAAAUACUAAAUAAACAAGCGACAAAAGGGAAAGAGGAAAUAAGAGAAGUGCCAGGGAAAUUAAAGGGGCUAAAGGCUGAUAAGUUGCCCACACCAGAUGGGAUCCAUUUUUGGUUCCUUUGCCUGAAGAAUAUCCGGACCUUUCUAAAUGCGUGCUGUGAGAAAUUCAACAUGAAGAAGAGCGAACUGUUCGAAGCCUUUGAUCUAUUCGACGUGCGCGAUUUUGCCAAGGUCAUCGACACUCUGUCCUAUUUAUCAUACACUCCCAUAGCUCAAAGGAAAGGAAUCUGCUCCUUUCCAACAGAAGACAGCUUGGCCGAUGAUGAUAUCUACAGUGGUCUUUCUGAUGUCAUUGAUGACACUGGAGAAGAAGAUGAUGACCUUUAUGAUUGUGUGGAAAAUGAUGAUGAUGAAGGAGGUGAAAUUUACGAAGAUCUGAUGAGGCCUGAGUGUGUGAUGGCCGCGCCUCAGAAAAUGACUGACUUUGACAAACGCAAUUGCUGCCUUCAAGAGAUCAGACAGACAGAGGAGAAAUACACAGAAACAUUAGAGUCCAUACAUCAGCAUUUUUUUAGGCCUCUACAUCGGUUUCUCAAUACAUACGACUUAGAGAACAUAUUCCUGAACAUCGAGGAACUAUUAAAUGUGCAUAGAAGUUUAUUGGAGGAAAUCCAAAUCUCGAUUAAAAUGAACAAUGCCCAGAACCUCUAUGAAAUCUUCAACAGUUACAAGAAAAGGUUGUUGCUGUAUGGACGAUACUGUAGCCAGGUAGAGGCAGCUACCAAACACCUGGACAAGAUCGCGAGCAUAAGGGAAGAUGUUCAGAUGAAGCUGCAGGAAUGUUCCAACAGAGCGAACAACGGACGAUUCACCCUACGAGAUCUCUUGAUGGUACCCAUGCAAAGAGUCCUCAAGUAUCACCUUCUGCUUCAGGAGUUGGUGAAACACACCACUGACAAAACGGAACAGGGGAACCUUCGGACAGCUCUGGAUUCUAUGAGGGAUCUGGCCCAAUGUGUAAAUGAAGUGAAACGUGACAGUGAGACUCUCAAACAAAUCACAAGCUUCCAGUUAUCGAUAGAAAACCUGAACCAGUCACUGGCUGGUUACGGCCGACCCAAAAUAGACGGAGAACUACGUUUAAUGACUGUGGACAAACGCUCCAAGCAGGAUCGAUAUGUGUUCUUAUUCGAUAAAGCUGUUAUUAUCUGCAAACGCAAAGGAGAGAAUUAUGAAAUGAAAGAAGUCAUUGACCUACAGUAUUAUCAGAUAAGGGAUGACCCAAUGGGAAGCAAAGAAACCAAAAAGUGGAGCCAUAUGUUCCUAAUAAUUGAGGCUCAUGGCCAACAUGGCUUUGAGUUCUUCUUCAAGACCAGGGAGCUGAAAAAGAAAUGGCUGGAGCAGUUUGAGAUGGCUUUAUCGAACAUCUUCCCGGAGAAUGGGAGUUCAAACAACCACGAUUUUCAGAUGCACUCAUUUGAAGAGUCAGCGACAUGCAAGGCAUGCCAGAUGUUACUCAGGGGCACUUUCUUCCAGGGUUAUCGUUGCAGCAAGUGCAAGUCUGCGGCUCACAAAGAAUGUUUAGGGAGGGUCUCUCCAUGUGGAAGGCAAGAUAGUGGAUCAUCAACUUUGACCAAGAGUAAAAGUAACAGAAUUGCCCCAAGUCGUGCAGCUAAAACAGGUUUACCCAAAACAGAAGUCUGCCAAGAAUAUUUUGGGAUGCCUCCUCCACCAGUGGCUUUCGGACCUGCUUUGAAGUUGCUCUUAGGGGAUAUCAUCGAACUCACCAAAGCAGAGGUGGAGCAGCAGUGGUGGGAGGGAAGGAACACAUCUACAAAUGAGAUUGGUUGGUUCCCCUGUACUAAAGUAAAGCCCUUUGUAUGUGCACCUCAAAUAGACUAUUCAUCCUUUUCCUGGUAUGCUGGGCCAAUGGAGCGGAGCCAGGCAGAAACUCUUCUUAACACUCGCUCAGAUGGUACCUACUUAGUAAGGCAGAGAGUGAAGGAUGCCGGGGAAUACGCCAUCAGUAUCAAGUUCAAUUCAGAAGUAAAGCACAUCAAGGUGACCACAGCAGAUGGUUUGUUCCGUGUGACAGACAAGAAAGCCUUCAAAUCAUUACUGGAAUUGGUGGAAUUUUACCAGCAGAAUUCCCUAAAGGAAUGUUUUAAGACAAUGGAUACAGCUUUGCAACAUCCUUUUAAAGAACCCGAAAAAAGGACUAUUCCUAAAUUUUCAGGGACGAGUUUGAAGUGCUUUGGGACAGCAAAGGCUCGAUAUGAUUUCUCAGCCCGAGAUCGAUCGGAACUGAGCCUGAAAGAAGGCGACGUGAUUAAAAUCAUCAAUAAGAAAGGAUCUCCUGGAUGGUGGAAAGGAGAAGUAUAUGGCAGGGUCGGAUUUUUCCCAGCAAACUACGUGGAGGAAGAUUAUUCCGAUUACUGUUACUGAGCCCUCGGCCCUUUGUGGCUACUCCAUCGAUGAAACAGAGAAGAUUCAUUGUCAAGACGAAGGUCGCUUCUGCGUGGCUUUCUGUAUCUAGAGCCUCACCGUGGGGGUGCUCUAAUAAUCUCAAAGUAUUAACCUUCUGAGUUCUACUCUGCCACUGUGUUUGAAUUCUUUUAUACAAACAAGAUUCUUUCCUAUAUCGUCAAGAAUUGAUCUGUCUGUAUUUAUUAAUACAGUUUGAAAAUGUUCUCAAGAA